AUGUUGAAAUGGAUUCAGGGAGGUAUAUCAGCGGUGACAGGUAUUGCAGAGCCUGAGUACGGCAGUGAAUAUAUUCACACUGUUACAGAUAGAGUGAAGGGCAAACAACCGUAUCGAGAGACCACCCGUGAAGAUUUGAACUGGCUAUCACCGGAUCACACCAAUGUGGAAACGGCUACAUUCUAUUUCAGUGACUUAAAUACUGGGGUGGUUGGAUUCUUCCAGAUCAUCCAUUCGAAUAUUAUCGGGCUGCAUCUUCAAGCGCAAUUUACGUUUAGAAUCUACGAUUCACAUAACCCAACAAAGUUGAACCUAUGGACAUCCACAAAAUUGGAGGAUUUUAGAGUUGAAGGACCUAAUUUUUAUGCAAAAGAUCUUUUUGUUGAACUGAAUGAAGAAGAUAAUGAGUAUCAUUUCAAGUCAUCCGUCAACCCAAGGUCUACAGUUGAUCUCCGCAUUAGAAGGAUGACACCGGGAUGUAAAGUGGGUGAUGACCCAAGCACUUAUUAUGGUGAUAAUAUCGAGGAACCCUGGGGUUGUGUUAGACAUGUUUUUUGGCCAAGGAAUUCUAUUGUCGGGACAAUAAACGUUAAAGUUCCGGUGGAAUCGGAGAGUGAUGACGAAGAAGGAGCAACAGCUGACAAAAAUGAAGAAACAGAGGCCGGUGCUAAUGCAGAGCCUGCCGCCGCUGAGGAGGCUAAGGAGGAGGCAACAGAAGGAAAUUCAGAGCAAGAUGACGAAGAGUCCUACGAAAGCGAAGAAGCUGAAGUUUUGGAAGAUCGUCAAAUUACAUUUUCCGAAGAAGAUCCAGCUUAUUCAAUGUUUGUCUUGGCUUUCCAAGGGAUGAAACCGCAUCACGCUGCUAAAGCGUGGAAUUUCAUGUAUUUCCAUUCAAAGGAAAACACAGCAGUUUUGAUGGAGUUUACCACCCCAAAAUCGUAUGCAAAUACAAAAGUUUCGUUUGGUAUUCUGACGGAUAACUCAAACAUUUUGUCCGUCACUAUCGACAAUGACUUCAAGCAUCUAAACGCUGAAGUGGACGAUGUCGGUUGGAACGUCCCAAAAGAAAUUAGCAUUGAUUAUGAGGGUUUCACAGUUGAUGUCACAGAUGAAGAAAUAGCAAAUCAAGAAGAGACUGAAAUCCACGAGUCCAAAAAAGUUGUCGCAAAUGUAAACAGUAAACUAGCGAAUCUGGUGGAGAGAAUCGACGUCAUGAAUGAAAUUCCGAAUUUUAUCAAAUCAAUCGUAUCCGGAGUCUCUGGAACAAAACCAUAUAUUUAUCAAUACGCCGUCGAUGGAUCCAGUCUACAGAUCAAUGGCGCUCCUGUCCAAAAGGGUAUCACGUGGAUUGAAGUUACUUUUAUUUCGGAAAGUGAAGAAAUUACUGAAGAAUCCUACGACGAGGCUUGA